AUGCUCUUGCAGAAGCUGAACCAUCCAAACUGCAUCAAUUUCCUGGGAUCGAGACCCUAUUGUGCUUAUGGAUUGGCUGUUUGGGUUUCUUUGAAAACAAGAAUGAAAUACUGGGUUUCAAAGAAUUUUCUUUCUUGGAAGUUUUGGGUUUACGAAGCGAAACCAAAAUAAAGAGGACACAUGUAGUUCUUCUAGUACCACCUCUAAUCUCGCAACGGUGGCACGACUCCAGCUGCAACACCAGCAAGUCGAGGUGGCGGCAAGAAUGCCGCGCCAAAGGGUACGUACGAUGUAGGUGGAGCUGAAGCAACUCAUAUACACACUUUUCUGGAGUUUGUGCCUGGUGGAACAAUAUCAGAUUUGGUGGAGACGGUACUUUUUUCUGAGGUUCUUUAGUACCUCCUACUUCUAGGCCUAGCAUAAGUAUCGUUGUUGAGGAAGUAGACGAGAAGGAUGACGUAUUUGAAGCUGUCUCAAUAUAUUUAUAAUACUUGGUCAUCAAUAUCCUAUUUGGAGCAAAUCUCUCAACAGUUCGGCCGCAUCACCGACUUAUUCCUCAUUCGAUCGCUCACCUGGCAAAUCGCACGAGGACUUGUCUAUCUGCACCGCAAAGGCAUCGUCCACAGAGAUUUGAAAGGAUCUAACGUUUUGCUCUCCCUCCACGGUGACGCGAUUCUGACCGACAUGGGCACUGCUUUUAUCGCCAAUAGACAUCAACAAAACAACGAAGAGACCAUGAGACUGAUGGAGCAAACUUCCUCCAUAAUGGAGAAGACUGGAGCAUUGGGUCAAAGCGCGACGAUCAUGAUGAG